AUGAUGAGUGUACGUUCGCCGUUGAAUCAAAGAAGUCUGGCGUUCAUCGUGCUCAUUUCGGGAAUUGUCGGUGGUCUUCUCAUCGUUUUUUCGAUUCUACUAUUAUGCAAAUAUUGUUUAAAUCGAAGAAAUUUGAGGGAAGCCGAGCAAAUGAAACUUUUGUACGAAGCGUUAAAUCAAGCCUCGUUCACCGAUCCAAAUCGAUUUUAUGCAAAAGGAAUUCGCGAAUCGUCACCACUGGAACCACGCCGAUCGAAUCCACUCGAUCGAUAUCUGUUACAAGAGGAACAAUGGCAAAUACCACGUUCAAAACCGAUUCUGUCUGAUUAUCAUCUGCCAGGUGGUCAAACUGCGCAUAAUCAAUCUUAUCACAGUAGUCGAGAACAUCUGAGUGUCAAGUCGCAUGAUUCUUCGUCUCGUCGAAAUGUUGCUAAUGAUGAGGAACAAGCUUAUUUACAAGUUGAUCCACGCUGUUACGUUCGACAAAAUUCGAGCACGACACUUGCUUUAUUAGCACACAGAAAAUCUGACACACCACGUCUUGAAAAAGGUCAUUCGCUAAAUGCGGAUACUCGUCCAUCACCAUCUUCCUUAUCACCAUAUCGACAAAGCAGUUUUGACGUUAAUCUUGCUUAUCGUUCUCAGCAACAACAACAACAACCCUCGUCACCAACAUCUCUAGCAUCCACACAACCAGAUAUAUAUUAUACACCACGUGGAUCAAGUUUGUCCGUUAUGGGAAAUCCGGUAUCGAACACGCCAACAAGCUCUCAACAUUUAUCACCACCUACGCCAACAGCAAGUCGCAAGAAUUCUAUUGCACUUAUUAUCGAAAAGAAAGAUCUCACUGCAACACUUGACACAUUCGGAAAUCAACCAUUGACAGUUCGUUCAAGUGUUGUACAACGUGAACAUGAGCAUUCUCGAUCAUUGGAAUAUUCAUCGCCACCAGUACAACAUCAUUCUACGACAAGUAGCCCAGCAAAUGAUAAACAAUCUCGUAGCUUCGAUGCUGUCCACCUUCUACGACCUGGUGUGAAUCGUUCAGAUGUAGUUAAUCGUCGAACGAAAUCUUAUGAAUGUGCUGAUGAACGCCGUCCAUCGACAUCAUCGAUUGCACCAGCACCUAUCGUUAUUAAAAUUCCGGACAUGAGUGAACUCGUUCAAGCAGCUCAAUUAUCUCGAAUUCAAAAUCGACGUGAAAGUACCAAGAUGGAGGAAUAUCAAAGUAAGACCGGUCGAAAAGAAACUCUUGUUCAACAGUUCAGCAAUAAUGAUGAUCAAGUAGCUCGAACAGCAUCGCAAGAUCUUUGGCGAUUACGACAAUCGUAUGAACUCGAAGAACAACAACAACUCGAUCGAACAUCACCCGAAGAUCUUUCACCUGAUCUCUUAACGUCAACAUCUAUCGAUUCAGCAGGAGCUAUGCCGAUUCAUAAUUCCAGUAAUCAUAACCCUCUGAUCAAUAACGAUGAAAAUCCAUUAAAAUAUCAUUAUCGAAGAAAAAGUUCGUCCAAUCUUCUACUACCACCUCCGGAAGUUCGUCGGCAAGCAUUGCGACGUACGUUUGAAAAACGACGUAGUUGUAUUAAUCAGUCGAAUGCUCGGCGUGAACAACAAUUGCUUCACGAUCCAAUGGGUCUAGAUGAUGAGAACUUACGAAAUCCUGUGACGAAAUUAUCAACUUUACUGAACAAUUUCAAUUCCAAGAGUGAAAAUUCGAGUUUCGAACGAAGUUUAGAAACCGAUUUCGAUAUGCAAUCAGAUACAAGUAGUCGAGGACACAAUGAUCAGUUCACUUCAAUUGAAUCAUCAGGAAAUGAAAACGCGUUACCCGAUGCGACCAGCCGAUACAUAACAACUCGCCGACAGCAACAACAAUCAUCACCACAAAUCUCGCCACAACAAAAUGACAGCGGCUACAAAUCAUUAGAAAGUCAAAACAGUCAAAAUCGAACCAUCAGUUUAGAUUGGAUGUCAGCAGAUGGAGGAGAAAGUGUUAUCUAUUUGGGUGAUUCACGUAUACAACAAAGAAGUGUUGAUAUCAAAGACUUAGAUGAAGAUUUAGUAGAACAAGAACAACAGGGAAAUCAAUUAAACACCAAUCGACGUAGUCCGAAAUUACUUCACGCUGGUCUUCAACAUUCCUAUCAAGAAACAUCAACAAAUCUCAUUCAAUCUGGUUCAGCUAAUGCUCCUCUGAUGCAAAAUCGUAGUUUAUCAACGAAUAUUCCAUUUGUUGACCAUUCGAAACCAAGUCCGAUUAAUCUCUCUGCUGCAUUCAAUUCCAAUCCAAUGAAUCAACUGAAUAAUCAUCAUAAUCACAAUAAUAAUAAUUCGAAUAAACUUUCCACAUCUUCGUCGUUUAUUCGCACCGCCAGUAAGAAACGACGAGAAUUUGGAAAAGAUAAAAAACACGCAUCAUCGAAUGCUAGUCUUCCACCUUUGAUCAAUGAUGAACGUCAAAUAACAGUUCAUCAAAUUAAUGAAACAACUGAAAAAUUUUCAUCAUUACAAGUACGACAUCCAGAUCUUCGCCGAACGAGAUCUGAUGGCGCGAGAACUGUUCCACCAAAUACUGAAAAUUCCUCAACUAAUGAAUUGACCGCAAAUCCGAAUACUCGUUUAUCAUCAAGUGCAGAUGGUCUGCCAGUUGUUCAUUCUCCUUCAGGCCCAAUUCGUCAUCUUCUUUCACCGAAUUCAACUGACGUAGACAAAACUCGAGUUACUCUCCAACGUUCACCAUCUUCAACAACAUCACCUGUCACUCUGCAAUGUCAAACCGAUGCCUUUCGUUCACAACGCAAUUCUGUUUCCUUCGAUACCCAAUCCUCAUCGACAACGAAAAGCAAAUCUCCUCCAUCAACUAAUUCUAUCUUUCCGACAUGUGUAACUAAAUCACGUCUUAAAUUCAGUAUGGUACGCGAAUCAGCCAUGACUGGCUUAGGACAUAGUGCGCCGGUUUAUUCCAUGCCGAUAACACGAGAUUACAGUAUCGACGAGAAAACCAAUCGCAUUGUGAAUGAAUUUCUCAUGCACGAUCCGACAUUAGAUGAUAAAAAAAACUUUUCCGAAGAUAAUCUACAUCGAACCAUACCUAAACGUUACCAUCAUCGAGUGCGCCCGAAAACGUUCGAUGAAACAACCGCAACGAGUACAUCUCCUACUAAUUCACACAAACAACCUCGUUCGCCUGUAAAUAAACAACGUCAUCAGAAUUCCUUACAAACCUAUCCUCGUAAACAUCCGCAAUAUCAUUAUCCAUCCGUGCAUCUUCCCGAAAAUAUCGAGCAAAAAGAAGCAGAAGAAAAGGAAGGAGAUAGUAGUGAUCAGUCAACACCUUCAUUACUCUCACAUCAACAAUCAACAACGGCUGGUACUCGACGAGAUAAUAGUAUCGCAUCUGGAUCUCCAUCAAUCAUCAUAACUGGUGAUGAUAGUGGAAGUUAA